AUGAAUACUUUCUUUCACAGGAGAUAUUUUACAGAAACCCAGUGUUUAAAAAGACUGAAAGUGCAUAGCGGCAUGGGCCCAGAUUACAGAGUGCUCAUGCACAGAGCUCGAAAACUAGCUGAGCAAUACUAUCUCAUUUACCAAGAACCCAUUCCCACAGCUCAGCUGGUACAGAAAGUAGCUUCAGUGAUGCAAGAAUACACUCAGUCAGGUGGUGUUCGUCCAUUUGGAGUUUCCCUACUAAUUUGUGGUUGGAAUGAGGGGCGACCAGAUUUAUUUCAGUCAGAUCCAUCUGGAGCUUACUUUGCCUGGAAAGCUACAGCAAUGGGAAAGAACUAUGUGAAUGGGAAGACUUUCCUCGAGAAAAGAUACAAUGAAGACCUGGAACUUGAAGAUGCCAUUCAGACAGCCAUAUUAACCCUAACAGGAAGCUUUGAAGGGCAAAUGACAGAAGACAACAUAGAGGUUGGAAUCUGCAAUGAAGCUGGAUUCAGGAGGCUCACUCCGACUGAAGUUAAGGAUUACUUGGUGGCCAUAGCAUAAUAACUAAGUGACUGAAAAAUCCGGAAUUUCAGAUAAUCCCUCUACUUAAACAUGUUUAAAGUAUGUUUUGUUUUGCAGACUUUUUGCAUACUUAUUUCUACAUGGUUUAAUGGA